CCGGUCCAACAUCCUGUCCCUCUUCAGUUCCACAACACGCAUGCUAUUUAGCUGUCAGAAAACUUUGGUGACAUGAGUGCCGAUAACAGUGGAGGAAAUGUGUCUGUGCCUUUACGAAACCUGCUGAACUCCGUCCAGUGUGUCAAAGACCGAGUCAGAGAUGGAGAGUCCAAUGAGUCAGACGGAGCGUUCAACCUCUCCAACUUCUGGGACACUCUGAACCAGGCAGUGAAGGCAGUGUCCCAAGAAGCCACGAAACUCAGCCUGGCCUUCUCCAAACCCCCGCUGCCAUCACAACAGGACGGAGAGAAGUUGACAGAGUCGAUCAUGAAGAGCGUCCUGACUCUCUCUACAGUGUAUUACUGGCUACCAAAGAGCCAAGGUGUCAGUCUGCGGCGACAGGUCAGAGACGCCACGGUCGAGGUUCUGGAGGGAGUCGCACAGCUGGUGGAGGUCAUACUGAGCACACCGCUACAGAGUCUGACACAGGAGCAGUUGACAUCAACAGGAGGUGUGUGGUCAGCCUGCGACCAGUUCGCCCAGUUGCCUCAAGAUAAUAAGGCAGCAGUGCUGGUGGUUCUGUCUGAUCAGAUCGGAGUUGUGAAGGACGCGAUAGAGGAAAUCGAACAGGCGUUAUCUGAGCCUCAGGACCCGUUCAACGACAUCCUCGACGAUGACGAGGAAGGUGACGAGCCUCGAGGCAACCAGGACACAUAUUGGUCGGAGAAGGACCGGCAGGUGAUCGGUCCGUGCCAGGGGCUGAUGAAGGCGUCGGCGGCGUGUCUGAGGAAACUGACGUCGGCCGUCAAAGCUAACGGUGACGUCACCACGCCUCAGAACCUGGCCCAGCUGGACGACCUGGCUGACAUCAGCAAGGACAUCAGUCCAGGUGUUGAUGAUCUGGCUCUCUGUCUCUACCCCCCCAUGGACUACAGUGGAGUAGAGAACAAUGUGUCUAAAUUGGCAGCACUGUUAAAGAAAGUUCUAGAGAUCAUCAGGUCCAGUCACGUAUGCGGGGAAUCAGAGCUGACCUGGGUUCAGUUCUUAGAAGGAGCCGUCGAACACAACCUGCAAAAAGCCAAAAACCUUAUUAACCAGGACAGCUAGUGUGUGUGUGUGUGUAAUUAAAAGUGUGUGUGUGUGUGUGAUUUUAUGUGCCAGUGUGUGGAAUGAAUGGCUACAGUGUGUGUGUGUGUGUGUGUGUGUGUGUGUGUGUGUGUGCGUGCGCACGUCCUCUGCAUCUUCAGGACUACAUAUAAAAGUGUGGAUUUCUAACAGUGUAUCAUUGUGUUCACAAGCACUUGCAUGUGCAACGAAUAAAAAUGAAAUAGGUCAUAUAUCAAUUGUGUCAUAACAUGAACUCUUCUGUGGAAAGCAUCAUGUCAUCCUGUAAUCCUUCGCAUGUCAUUACUGCCGUCACAGUUAAUCUACUUUUGAUUGUUUGCCAAAUACACACAGAACAUCCUCGUGAUGAUGGAAGAGUUGUGUUCUUCUGCAGCAACUGAGUUCAUUAAAAUAACACGAAAAUCUCUUUUGAA